AGGGCAGCAGGGCGCGCACAGGGCAGCAGGGCAGCAGGGCGCGCAGGGCGCAGCAGGGCUGCAGGGCGCGCGGGGCACGCAGGGCAGCAGCAAGGGCUGUAGCGGCAGCACAGGGCUGCAGAUCCCCUCCCCCCACCGCUGCACCCGCAGCAGGGGUGGAGGAGAAAAGGGGGGGGGGGGGGGGCUGAUGCUGCAACUCCCCUCCCCCCACUGCUGCUGCAGAUCCCCUCCCCCCACCGCUGCACCCGCAGCAGGGGUGGAGGAGAAAAGGGGGGGGGGGGGGGCUGAUGCUGCAACUCCCCUCCCCCCACUGCUGCUGCAAAUCCCCUCCUGCCUCCCCCUGAACCUCCAAGCUUCCCCCCCCUCUCCCCGCCAUCCCCAUGGAGGGGAGGGGGGGGGGGGGGGCUGGUGCCGCAGAUCCCCUCCCCCCCACUGCUGCACCCGCAGCAGGGGGGAGGUAGGAGAAGGGGCAGUGCAGGAGCCGCUCGGGCGACAGCAGGUUGGCCACACCCGCCACCCCCAUACCCUCCCCCCACUGCUGCACCCGCAGCAGAGAGAUGGAGGAGAAGGGGGGGGGGCGGGGGGGGGGGGGGGGGGGGGGGGGGCAGGUGCUGCAGGUCCCCUCCCCCCCUCUGCUGCUCCCGCAGCAGGGGGAGGUAGGAGAAAGGUGGGGGACCUGGUACGUGGCCGGGCGCUGGGCAGGAAUGGGGCCAGGCGCUGGGCAGGGACUGGGCCGGGCGCUGGGCAGGUACGGGGCCAGGCGCUGGGCAAGUACUGGGCCGGUCGCUGGGCAGGUAUGGGGCUGGGCGCUGGGCAGGUACGGGGCCUGGCGCUGGGCAGGUACGGGGCCGGGCGCUGGGCAGGUACGGGGCCGGGCGCUGGGCAGGUACGGGGCCGGGCGCUGGGCGCGGAAUGGGGCCGGGCGCGGGGCUAG